AUGGGUCUGUUGCCACCAUCGUCCGGGCGAGACGCGCACAAGAUGUCCACGUCGGCCGGCGGGCUCGAGAAGACGUGCAUUGACAUCAGUACCAACUGCAACAUUUGGGCAAGAAGGAGAGAGCUACAGAACGCCAUAGGCAAGCUGAAGCUAGGCAGCGCUCCCGGCCAGGACGAGGUGUCCAACGAGAUGCUGAGACAACUGGGCCCGACGGCGGAGAGGGUGCUACUCCACCUCCUGAACACGUCAUGGCGCUCCGGCGAAACCCCAGCAGCCUGGAGGCGAGCCACUAUCGUACCAAUCCUCAAGAAGGGGAAGCCCGCCAGCGCCCCCGGCAGCUACCGGCCCGUCUCCCUGCUCUCCUGCAUCGGGAAACUCGCGGAGCGACUGGCCCAACGGCGACUCCAAGCGUGGCUGGAAGCCCACCACAAGAUGGACCCUAACCAAGCCGGCUUCCGCAAGGGGCACAACACUAACGACCAACUGAUCAAGAUGACUCAAAGCAUCUUCGACGGCUUCGAGGCCAAGAGCCCCAACCGAUCCGCCCUGGUGCUGCUGGACUUCCAGCGUGCCUAUGACCGCGUGUGGCACGCAGGACUGGCCGCCAAGCUGGCCCGUCUGGGUACGCCCGCUUGUGUAACCAGGUGGAUCAUGGCCACACUCCGCGACAGACGGGGACGGGUGCGGUGGGAGACAUCCUUCUCGGACAGCCGCCUGUUCCCCCAGGGUCUGGCCCAGGGCUCCGUGCUGGCCCCCCUGCUCUGGAACAUCUACGCCAGCGACAUCCUCCCGCGGGCCCCACCCGGAGUACACAUCUCUGUGUACGCGGAUGAUGUGGCCCUGUGGGCCACCGAACGGAAGUUGUCGCAGUGCGAGGCGACCCUCCAGCCAGCACUGGACGAAAUCUCCGACUGGUGUACUCGGUGGAAAGUGCAGCUGUCGGCAUCGAAGUGCUCGGCCACCCCGUUCUCUCUGGACCCUCGCGAAGCCGGAGGAAAGGUACACCUCAAGCUGAGUCUCCAGAACCGACCUGUCAACCAUGUCACCUACCCAACCUUUCUGGGACUCAAGAUGGACGGCGGCCUCACCUUCAGUGAGCACAUCAAGCAACUGAAGAAGUCGAUGGCCAGACGCAGAAACUGCCUAGCCGCCCUCGCCGGACGCAGCUACGGCUGCAGCCGCCGCACACUCCGAGCAGCCUAUAUAGGUUAUAUUAGGUCUCUGGCGGACUACGGUGCGGCAGUCUACAUGACCCAUGCCGCCCCGGCCUCUAGACAAGCCCUGGAAGCGGAGCAAAACGCAUGCGCCCGUAUCAUCACGGGCUGCAUCCGCCCGACCAGACGAGACGCACUGCUCGCCGAGGCACAGCUGGAACCCCUCACGGUACGAGCCAAGAAACUCUCCUCGAACGAAGCCCAGAGACUGAAGAGGCUCCCUCCCGACGACCCGGCAAAGGAGGUGAUCGAUCGGGAGGUCCCACCGAGACUGAAGUACAGAGCCCAUGAAGCCUGGAUUCGAGAGGUUCAGCAAGCCGGCACAAACUCCGGCCCUCCCCUGCCGUGCGAUGAGGACGUCGUGCUGGAUGCAAAACCCUGCGUGCGGCGAGUUGCUGCCUGGAUGGCGAGCGAGGCGGGCCUAGCGGAGCUCCCAGCGGAGCCGCUGGCCCUGACACCGCCUGUCCUUCUACCGGACUCCACAAGUCUGACUACAUCGACCUCUCUGACGGUGCCCACCUCGCGCACAGACCCACCGGAAGCGAGAAGAGCUGCAGCGGAGACGACGCUGGCGUCUCUCCCGCAGCCCGACGUGUCCAUCUGGACCGACGGGUCGGCUGGGGGCGGCACGCACGAUGGCGGAGGGGGAGCCCUGCUGAUCUUCCACCAGGAGUCCCGCACCGUUCAGCUAACGGUAGCGGCCGGGAAGGUAUGCAGCAGCACCCGGGCCGAACUCGUGGCCAUCCGCGAGGCGCUGGCCGAGGCCGCGGGCGAUCUGCCUGACCGGCCGGGUAUGCUCCUCCUCUGCUGCGACUCGCGCGCAGCCAUCCAGUCGCUACAAGACACGGCGGACUCCCAGUCGGCUCUGGUAGCGGAGAUCAGGGACCUGCUAGACACCAUAACUCGUUCAGGCCACAGACUCCACUUGCAGUGGGUGCCCGGCCACGCGGGCCUGCCGGAGAACGAGGAGGCGGACCGUCUGGCAGCGAUCGGGAGCUCGCGCAGACAGGACCAGAUCCCCGUGGACCUGUGGUCGGCGAGAGCCGCGGUGGCCCGCCGGGCGCGGGCGAUGUGUGAUGCGCGCGCCAGACGCAGCCACCCGCACCCCGACCCGACGCCCGGGCACGACGGACUGGACCGCCGAGCGUCGGUAACCGUGGCGCAGCUCCGGGUGGGAUGUUCGCCCCUGACAGGAGACACCCGGCACCGACUCGGGCUGGCCGAGUCCGACGCGUGCGUCGACUGCGGCGAGCCGGACUCGGUCCCGCACCUGCUGAUGGACUGCCCCGCACACCAGGGGCCUCGGACCCGCCGGUGGGGCCCCCUGCCGACGCUGGGGGAGAUAUUCUCCACCGAAGCCGACCUCAUCGUAGACUUCCUGGUGGAGACGGGCCGGGCCCCACGGGACCCGGCCUAA